AUGGCUGCUAGGUUUCUCAGUCUGAGACGCGCUUUAUCUCUCUACCUCACUAACCAACCAAAGCGGAUUCCUCUGUCUCAAGACAAGUUUUUGCAAUCAAAGUCACUCUUUAACAGAGGUUAUGUAAAUGGGAGUGUACUCCAGAGACAAUUCUGUGUAGCGGCCCGUGAGGCUAACGAAGCUUCAAACUCUGCUGCUGAGCUGGCCAAAACUCCUUCCCCUGCGACGACGACAACGGUCUCUGAGGACCUGAUUGUGAAAUACAAGUCCCAGUUGAAAAUAAACCCGAGGCAUGACUUCAUGAUGGUCUUUACUUGCAAGGUCUGCGAGACGAGGUCUAUGAAGAUGGCGAGCAGAGAAGCGUAUGAGAAGGGAGUUGUGGUGGUACGGUGUGAAGGGUGCGAUAAUCUGCAUUUGAUUGCAGACCGUCUUGGUUGGUUUGGAGAACCGGGAAGCGUGGAGGAGUUGCUUGCUGCUCGAGGGGAAGAAUUCAAGAAAGGUUCCAUGGAUUCUCUUAACCUCACAGCUGAGGAUCUAGCUGGAGAGAAGAUGUCCAUUGAAUAG